UCUUUUCCACAUGAUCAGAGCCAACCAGCCCCCCUGCAGGCAAAAUGACCAAUCAAAUCAGCUUCAGAGGGAAACCAAUCCCCCCAGCAUAUAAACACAGGAAUGAGACAUACAAACCCAUUUUUAAAGGUUUUGGGGUUUUUUUUUAAUCUUUACCAACCACUUGUGGGAAGUUUCUUGCUAGUGCUGGGACCAGUACACCAGACCAGAGCAGUCCCUCUCCUGGAGCCCAGGUUAUCCCCUCCUCCUGCACAAAGACCCUCUGAAGACUGAAGAUGACGACAGAUACAACAGAGGGCAAUAACACCAAAUCCAGCGCUCCCCUCCUGACUCAGAGAUACCUGAGGCUGGUGACCAAGGAUGGACACAGCACGUUCCAGAUGGCUGGUGCCCAAGGCAGAGGUGUGGCAUACCUCCGAGACGUGUGGGGGAUACUCAUGGACAUGCGCUGGAGGUGGAUGAUGCUCGUCUUCUCAGCUUCCUUUGUCAUUCACUGGCUGGUGUUUGCAGUGCUCUGGUAUCUGCUGGCUGAGAUGAAUGGGGACCUGGAGCUGGACCACGAUGCUCCACCUGACAACCACACUAUAUGUGUCAAGUACAUCACCAGUUUUACAGCUGCCUUCUCCUUCUCGCUGGAGACACAACUCACGAUUGGCUACGGCACCAUGUUCCCGAGUGGGGACUGUCCCAGUGCCAUUGCACUGCUGGCAAUCCAGAUGGUCCUGGGGCUCAUGCUAGAAGCCUUCCUCACAGGUGCUUUCGUGGCCAAGAUUGCCCGCCCAAAGAACCGGGCACUCUCCAUCCGCUUCUCGCGCUCCGCCGUGGUCACACGCAGCGAGGGCAAGCCACACCUCAUGUUCCAGGUGGCCAACACUCGCUCCAGCCCCCUGACCAGUGUCCAGAUCUCUGCUAUACUUUACCAAGAACAAGAGAGUGGGCAGCUGCACCAAACUAGCAUUGACUUUCACCUGGACAGUGUCACUGCAGACGAGUGUCCUUUUUUCAUUUUCCCACUGACCUACUACCACUGCAUCACGGCAUCCAGCCCGCUGGCUGCUCUCCUUCAAAGAGAAGCUCCUCACCACUUUGAGCUGGUCGUUUUCCUGUCAGCUGUGCAGGAGGGCACAGGAGAAACAUGUCAGAGGAGAACAUCCUACCUCCCAUCAGAGAUCCUGGUGUACCACCGCUUCGCCUCCCUGCUGGCCCGCAAUGCCAAAGGCGAAUACCAGACCAAGAUGGAGAAUUUUGACAAGACUAUUCCUGAGCUCCCAGCUGCACCUGACUCAAAUAGUCCAAAAAGGACUGACAAGGAGAUCCGCAUCAAUGGACAGCAUAUCGACAGCUUCCAGCUCUCUGAGACUGGCCUCACAGAGUAGAGAUAACAUACCUUGAACUUUGUGCUUUUUUAAUUAUUAUUACAUUAAACUUGCGGGUUCCGUUUAAAAACUUACUUCCUUGCCUGCCCUGCGAUCUUCUAAUGAUCUCUCUCUUGUAGUCUCACCCUUCUGAUUACAACGUGAUAUACAGAGUGAAGAGAAUGUGUGUGCCCACUGAGGAGAGGCUGCAUUAACCACCCAGGAUGAAGUCAGGUGCCCGAAUCACAGUACUAAUUUAUGGGAAAUUAGAAGAGCUAUCUGCUGAAUUCACCAGACUAUGAUUAAAGCUACACUGACCCCGAAAGGAGAGAGCUUCAAAACUCCCAAAGCUGACCAAAGUCAUAAUUAGCCAGCUUGUGACAAAAUGGACAACAAAACAAAAGCAGAAAAAAAUAUGAGGUCAUCCAGUGAAUAGAUGAGUUCUGGUAUAAGUAACUCUGUUCAUCAAAAAGCCUAGCUUUGCCAUUCUGACUCUUCGGGAAUACAGACUUACAUCAUGUUUCAGAUGGCUGAAAGUCCUGCCAAUCUCUCAUGGCAGUGAACAGAACUCCAGCUGUGCUUAUUAAGCAAAAUUAUAAAUGCUAAGUGCAGUUCUUCAUUCUGCCAAAUAAGAGAGCAUCUUGCUCUCAGACAGGUCUGUGAACAUACUAUCACAAAAUCUGGGUGUAUAUGACAAAUACUGCAAUGGAAAUUUUUUCUUAUUUGAAGACACUGAAUAAAUUAUUUAGCAGUGGAAAAAAAAAAGACUAUUUUUAAUGAAUGAAUGUAGGGUUUUUUUAAAGGCCAUACAUUCCACAUGUUUUCACCUUUGUGCUGCUUGUUUCAACUAUAUGACCCAGAAGGAAACACUAUAUAUGUGAAAGUAGAACUGCAUCCAUUGAUAUUUUAUGCUUUCUAACAUCAAUCUUUGCCUGUACACAGAGCACAAAAUAUAUUUAGAGACACUUGAAUCAAUUUUGAAAUAAAAAAUUAAAACAAACUGAGACUUCUGUAUUUAAGUGCCUCAUAAAACUACUGCAAUUAAGAAGUUCCUAAAUAAUUUAAGAUGCUAAAGGAAAAACACAAUGAUGGAUAACUGUUUCCAAGCUCUCAACAAAAGCAGUGCCUAUUAGGUGUUCAUACCUGAACACUCAAGUAGAAUUAAAAUAAAGCUACCUUUCAAAGGUAAAAGAUUUUUCCCAGAAACCCAGAUGGCAUAAAUACCAACUUUCACUAACAACAGUAU